AUGGUGUCUACCCAUGGACAGCUGUUGAACCUCAGUGAUGACCAAACACCUGCGUAUGAUGCAAAUGGGGAUCCAUUUGGAAAUAAGGCAUUACAGCAGUUUACAGACUUCAAGAAAGGAAAGCUGGUUCCACAGUCAAGCCACUUUGUCACUCGGACAUUGACUGCUCAGCAUGUUGGGGAAUGUGCCCGCCAGUGUCUUCUUCUCCCUGAACUCAAGUGCAUGAGUUUUAAUUACCACAGUAAAGGUGCUUGUGAGCUGUUGGCAGCCAUAAUAGGGCAUGACCAUAAACUGGCACAGGCUGAUCUCACAUUACACUACGAGCGGAUUGGUGUUGGCCUUGCCAAACAGUUCCAGCUAAACAUUCCAAAACCUAUGCUGCACAACUCUGUUUACUUCUUCAACCUUCAUCUCCAAAACAGCUUACUAAUGAGCCGAAUCAUCCACUCUCAGGGGACUUUGGUUGAUUUAACACCACCAUCACCAGGCCCUGUAAAUAUCACCACAUCAUAUAUGGAGGUAGUUCCUUGUCUGGAGAAUCUACCACAUGAGAGAGCUGGUCAGGAUGACUGGGGAAAGUGGUGUCGUGUGUGGACCCUUUGCUUCCAACCAUUUGGUCAUAGUGGAUGGUCCUGGUUCCAAAACUUGUUCAAUGGACACACACCCCUGGAGGAUCUGAUGUACACCAAAGCUAAUACAUUUAUAUCAGCAAACUGGGAUGGCUUUCAUGAUGACCAGAGCAGUAUCCGUGGAUACUCACUAACAGCAGGUCGCAAACCCUGCGAGGAGCUGCUUCAUGAGUACCAUGAUCCACACCGCCACUUGGUACCACUAGAUGACGAGACACAGUGGACUCACACCGGCAUCAUGAACAUGAAGGAAGGCAGAAAAGUCCCAGAUGGCAAGUAUUAUGUCACAAUACGUGCCUUGAAUAAAGUGGAGUAUGGAGGGCCUCUAGCCACAACUGUGUGUCACACAACACCUUAUGUCAUUGACACGACUCCUCCUGUCAUAUAUGAAGUAUAUGGCACACGAUAUGAUGAGAUGACCUAUCUGAUCACUACUAAGUACAAUGCUAGUGACCCUCACUCCGACAUAAAAAGUGCAUGGAUCUGCUUGGGGCGCACUGUUCUCAACUGUGACAUUCUGGGAUGGUUAGAGGCAGAUACAGAAAGCAAAACUGAGGGCCCAGCUAGCAUUACCAAUCAGAUAAUAAAUGGUGUUCCUGUCUGGAUCAGGAUAAGAGUGCAGAACAAUGUGGAGCUGCAGGCCGUGGGUCAUGCAAACAGCCCCAUCAUUGUGGACAUGACUCCUCCUCUUGUUGGCAAAGUGUAUGAUGGACCACUGACCAGACAUGACCUCAGUUACAGCAAGGACAGCAACAUGUAUUGUGCAAACUGGUAUAACUUCACUGACCCUGAGUCAGGCAUUGGUUUCUACAUGGGCGCUGUGACAUCAGCUAGUGGCCAGUUACUGACAGAGCUAGAAGUUCUAGACCGCCGCCAGUCCAUGCAGUGCAUUCAGUUCAGCAACCCUUCUCUGAAGCACAACACCUCAUAUCACUUUAUGCUGGUGGCCUUCAAUGGGGGACAUAAACAGCUCAAUGUGACAAGCAUUUCAGAUGGAGUUCUUGUGGACCUUACACCACCUAAAGAAGGUAAAGUUAUCGAUGGUCUCUCAGAGAACUUUGAGGACCUUCACUUCAGUGUGCACAAGUCCACAGUAGCAGCUCGCUGGCAGGGUUUCAGCGAUUCAGAAUCAGGCAUCAUGCAGUAUGAAGUGCAGAUUGAACGAGCUGAGAAUCUCACAACAAACUUCCAGGUUCUUCAAGACUGGGAGAAUGUAAAUCUAGACACAACAUUCGAGAAACACAGGUUCAGCCUUAGACACAGGGAUGUUGUCAGGACUAAGCUGAGGGUCAGCAAUGGUGCUCUCAACACUAUUACUUCUGAGACAGACUCCUUCAUCAUAGACCUGACUCCACCAGAACUUUACAGCUUGUGGGAUGGACUAGGAAGUUCAGAUAUUGAAUACCAGUCUGACAUCACCAGCCUUUCAGCCAAAUUUGAAUUUCAUGAUGAUGAAUCUGGCAUUGACUACUACAAGUAUCAGGUCUACCAGACAAUGCAUGGACACCAUGCACAAAUAAUUCCAGCAACAAAAAAUGAUUGGAAUCGCCUACCAUCUGGACAAAGGAAUAGUCUGAUGGUGAAUGGCCUUACAUUAACCAGUGGUUUGCGAUACUCCAUUCGCAUGGCUGCUGUCAACUCUGCAGGAUCUGUCACCACCUACGAUACAAAUGGUGUUCUGGUCGACAACACUCCUCCCUCUAUGGAGAGGGUGCAUGUUGGUGUUCUUUCCACCGAAGAUGAGAUAGAUUUAGAUGGCUAUGUUCUUCAGAGUGACCAGUCUGGCAUCAAGGCUAACUGGCUGGCCACUGACCAUGAGAGUGGAAUUGAUCAUUAUGAGGUGGCUGUGGGCACCAGUCCAGGUGCCACUGAUGUGCUGGAUUGGCGGAAUGUGGGUAAAGAGCAGGACAGAUAUAUCUCAGGAUUGAACCUCCAACUCACAGACAACAACACUGACAUUCCCUUGUAUUACGUCACUGUCAGAGCUUACAAUGGUGCAGGGAAUGUCAGUCCGUCACUAAUUUCAAAGAAGAUCAAAGUACUUCAAGAGGACAAAGCAGGUGUGGUAGUCGAUGGCGGGCUGGACACUGUUCUCUUGAGCAGUGCGGGCCAGAACGAUGAGGACUAUCAGAGUAACAUGUGGAGUGUCACAGCACAGUUCCGCGGCUUCUCAAGUCACCUACAUGGUCUUACGCACUUUGACUGGUCCGUAGGUUCAAGUCCUGGUGCUGAAGAUGUGCUGCCUCUGAUGGCCAUGGGUAUUGUGCAUGAUGAGGAAGAGGACCAAACACCUGGCAUGGGAAUAGCCAGUCGAGGCAUUGCUCAUGCUGUGCUGCCCUUGGAACCAGGCAAGAAAUACUACACCACUGUACGUGCUCUCAACAACAAUGGUCAGGCUGUGCAGUCAACAUCAGAUGGCUUCACUGUUGACAGAGAGAAACCCAAGCUUGGACUCAUCAGCCUGUCAUCUGAGACAAACACAAGUACACUUCAGAUGCCAGAGAAAGUUUUCUACCAGCAGGAGCCAGAUGCACUCACGGCUAGGUGGACAUUUGGUGAUGCAGACAGUAUUGUGAAAAAACUUCAUUUUUCUGUUGGCUCUUACCCUGGUGCCUCUGACAUCAAAUCAAUCACAGAGGUGACUGUAACUGAAACUGGGGAAGCUGCUUUACCCUCUGGACGAAUUGACUUGAAGACAGAUGGUCGUCCCAGUAUAUUGACACUUUGGGCAGAGGAUUCUGUUGGACUCAAAACUCAGCUUAUCUCUCCCACUGUUGUGGUGGACACUAGCCCUCCGGAUCAAGGCACAGUUGUGUGCCCUUCUUUCAUCCAGACUCAUUCGCAAGUGGAGUGCACAUGGGCAGGUUUUGAGGAUUUGCAAUCUCCAAUAACCUCCUUCACUUUCUACAUGGGCACACAACCUGGUCUAGAUGAUGUUAUUGCACCUGUGAUCAUGGAGGGACAUGUGACCAGCUAUACUGUAUCUGGUCUGAAGGACAUUGUGGAGCACCAGACCAAGGUAUACGCUACAGUUGUAGCUAAAAAUGCUAUUGGUCUGACGACAAUGGCACAGUCACAUCCUAUCUCCAUGGAUACAAGUCCUCCUCUUGCAGGCACUGUGGUAGAACUUAAUGAUGCAUACAUUAUCAUCGCUGACAAUGCUACAGCUACCAGCCUGGCCAAUGUUUUCACUUGCAAUAGCCAAGAUGAGUGCAAGACAAUUGACAUAGUAUGUCAGGAAUCACUGACUAGUGUUUUAGUUGCCUGGUCACCCUUUGAAGACCCAGAAACUGGAAUUAGCAAAUAUGAAGUUGCAAUUGGGUAUACACCUGGUGGUGGGCAGAUCAAAGAAUUUCACGAGGUGCCCAGUGGUGUUCGGUAUCAGUUGGUCAGUGGACUUGACCUCUAUGGUCAAACAAAGAUAUUCGCAAGUGUCAAGGCUACAAAUGGUGCUGGGGCCUCAACUGUUGCUACCUCCAAUGGUGUGUACAUGUCUUACCUGAGCCAGGGGCUGACACCAGCUGGACCGGUUGUUUUGUGGGAUGGCAACAGCACCAAUGGGGACCUUGACUACCAGACAGAUCUGAUGUCGAUCUCAGCCUCCUGGGAGACUGAUGGAGACCCUUGUCCAGCAGUUAGCUAUCAGUGGGCAAUAGAGAGAGUGGACGGUCUUCGGAUACAAGAAUUUACUGAAACUUAUGGGAAAAUGAAUGGUCUGAAUGAUGGUCUUUCUCUGUUGGACUUGGAAACAUAUUACCAACUUCUAAAAGUCACAAAUGCUCUUGGGUACUCAUACACACUACGAUCAGAUGGAAUCACUAUCAAGCAGGACUCUCUUAUUCCAGGACUGGUGUUCGAUGGAAGCAAAACUGGAUUUGAUCUUAGCUACCAACCAUCAAACAAAAGAGUCUCAGCUAACUGGAACGGCUUUGGCGAGAAGAGUAGCACCAGCCAGGUGUCACAAAAUGAAACCAGUUCAAUUGUUAUAGAAAUUGCACAAAAUGGAAUGCAGUCCUCACAGGAAGUGGCCUUUUAUGAAGUUGCUCUGGGAACAGAUCGUCGCUAUGACAGCACUAGAGACAACAUAGUGCCAUGGACAAAAGUUGGCCAGAACACAUCUGUGACUUUUUAUGACCUUGACCUGGUGCCAGGCGAAGCCAUGUACUACUUCAGUGUUAGAGCACACAGCAGUAGUAACUCCAUUGCAGAGGUCACAUCCAAUGGUUUCUCAGUCGGAUAUGAUGGUGGAGUUCAAGGUGGAGGAAUAGAGGUUGCUUCGUACAUCAGUAGUACUAACCAGGUUCAGUUUACGUGGAAUGGCUUUCAGUCAAACGUGGGCAUGUUCCUCUAUUUUGCUGCAUUGUCAACACAACCUGUGGAUAACAGCUCCUGCCAAGUGUUUGUUGAUGGUGGUGGCAUGAGCACCUCAGAUCGCCAAAAACUGUUUGAUGUUGCUGACUGUGUCAACACUGGAAUGAAUACUUACGCCACAUUCACCAAUAUCAGCAUGAUGCAAAAUACAGAUGUCUAUGCACAUGUUAUAGGUGUGGACAGAUCUGGUGAAUGCCACAUGGUGUCCACAUCAUUCCAUAUAGAUGUCACUCCUCCUUCUUCUGGAAAGAUCCGUGUUGGACCAUACUUUGACAUGGCACUGACUUUUGCCCCAUCCAAGAGAGAAGUUACUGCUGUGUGGCAAAACUUCUGGGAUGAUGAGUCACCACUGAUCUCUUAUACACUGGAACUUUUGGCUCAGAUAAAAUGUGAUGCAACUGUCCAGCCUGGAGGAGACAUGAUUGCAUCUGUCAAUAUCAACUAUACACUCACCACCUACACAUUUAGGGAUCUGGAUCUUACGGAUGGACAUCCCUACUUUGUACGAAUUACUGCAACAAACAAAGCUGGUCUAGCAACAAGUGUCACAUCAAGCCCUAUACUUUUUGACACCUCUGGUCCCACACCUGGCAGAGUUGUACUUGGCAGAGAUUUCCACACAGAGGCUACCUGGAUUAAUACCAACACUGAAGUGACAGCCACAGUUCUUCAUCAUCCAACGCCCCAAGGCUCAGCAUGUCCCUCAAGACACAUUCUCUUCACAGACAGUGGUUGGAGAUAUCUUGAAGGCAGCCAUCUUUUUGAUACAAGUGGUCGACAGCUUGACCUCAUCAGCAGCCGUCAUAAAGCUGUGGUCUCUUCUGAUGGGUCACAAGUCACAGUUACUUUGACCCGUGACACAAAUUUACAGCACAUGUAUGGCACAAGUUUACUGCAUAAAGCUGAUUUGCUUAAAAAUAGUGUCUAUGAGAUGAGCAUCAAAGCAGCAAAUGGUGAUGGCAAAGCAGUGACUGCUGUGACACUGUGGGAUGGAGACACCAGUAGUAUGACACACUUUGACUAUACUGUGAAACUCCAAGAGGAGUUUUGCAUGUGCUGUUAUGACAACCCUCGUACAGUUGAGUGUGUCAGCGUCUGUUUGGAUUGUGACAGCUACAUUGCUGGUAAAGGUCCAUCACGUACCAGGCGUUCAGUGGAUUUUACUGGUGAUAACAUUGAUGAAAUAUCCGCAGUUCAGAAUGUCUUGAAUUUACGUAAAAAGAGAGAAGUGGUAAAAUUAACAGAUAAGAAGAAAGAAGAGUUGCUCAACCAUGGCUUGAGUGAUGACCUCUUAACAGCCUCUGCUCCUGAAGCACCUGCUUGUGGAAUUCAGCUGUAUACCCUGAGCACACAAGAUCCUGAUUAUUCCAAUGGAUUCCGAGGGCGCCUGGUAACUUGGUGUACCUAUGGGCCUAAGGUCACAUAUGAGCCAAAGUCUGUGAUGAGACUGCUGGAGUUUGACCCAACCAUACAAAAACAUCACUACAAGCUGGUCUUCUAUGAGUCAGCAGAUGAGGCAACCACUCCAACCAAGUGCCUAGGUGUCUAUGUCGACCAUGAACUCAGCUCCACAAUCUGUGGAAUUCCAGACCUAAGUCAAGACACUGAUCUGGUACUUAAUGUGUGGAACUGGAAGAAUUUCAAGAAUUCUCCUAAUGUCACCUACGCCAGCAUUGCUCUGUGGCAGACCUUUGCCACUUUUUCAGCUCUCAUCAUGCCGGCUCCUAAAGAGUCUCUCUGCCGUUACGGUGAUCCAUUCCGUGGUGGUCAGAAUCCCAUUGUUCGUUUUGAGGGUGGCAUUGGCUCUGCUGUGGGAUUGGAUAAUGUCGUUCCAUUUACAGAGAUUUAUUCCCCCUGCAUUCCAUGUGAGAGAGACUGUAGCAGAUACAACUGUGAUCCCAAGUGUGAUGCAAACAUCACUUCAGGUCUGAUUUUGAACCUCAGAAACCUGACACUCCAAGUUGUGAAAGACACUGGUGAUGGAGAUGAGCAGCCACAAGUUUAUUUCUUUACUGUGAAAGCAGUUUUGGGGUCAGGGAAAACAGCCAUGGCAUCAUCCAAUGGCUUCUCCAUUGAUCAGACACCACCCAUAUUUGACCAGACACUAUUUCUGUACAUGGAUGCUGCUCAUGGUGAGGCAAAGCCUGUAGAGAAGUUAAUGGCUUCCAACUCGACAAUACAAGUUGUUUAUGGAUGCAGUGACAACCAGAGCUCUGUGAUGGAAUAUAAGUGGGCUAUUGGCACAACACCAGGAGGUCAGGACAUUCAGUCUUUCACAUCAACAGGGAUAAACCCUUCAGGCAUCAACAGCAGUUUGGAGGGCAUUAUUGUCCACAACCAACGAUAUUACGUCAGUGUUCGCUGUACCAAUGCUGCUGGAUUGACUACAACCUAUGAAGACCAUGUUGGAGUUCUUGCCAUCCUGGAGAAUCCAGCACUAGAUGACAUUGGAGUGCAGAUGAAUGGUACAGAGGAACUUGAUCCAGAUACCAGACCAGUCACCUCACGCAAAUCUAGUGACAAGAACUCCAUCAGCAUCAACCUGCAAGUCAGCGCUGAUCCUACUGUUGAUGAAUACUACAUCAGCAUAGGCAGCCAAAAGGAGGGUCGAUGCUGUGAUAUUUUGCCACGCACACUCGUUGCCACCAGUAUGUCAGGUGUGGUCUCCAUUCGCAAUGGCUGCCUUUACAUUAAUGACGAAAAACUAAUAGAUUUGCGAAACAGCCACCCUGGUACCAAUGGCAGUGACACAGCAGCAUCUCCUUCAGAUUUCCAGAUGGCUCCAGGCAGUGAGCUUUUCCUGUAUGUUGAUGCCUGCAAUGAGGCCCGGUGUACUGGACCAGAAAUGAAGGGUAGUGUUCUCAUUGUUGGUGACCACUCGGAGCAGGCAGUGUCUCGUAAUGGAAGCAGUGUUCAGCUGGCACUGUCGACAGCCAGACGUCAGAAACGAUCAACCUCAAACAUUGUUAUCAACACACCCAAUGGUAUGGCUGUUGGACAGACUGUGGUGCUUACACCACUGACACAUGCAGACCUUAAUGCUACGUAUGACUCUGUGGCCUCUACUGAUUUUGUGUCCUACCUGACUAACCCUGAAGAUACUGUUCAUUCAGUGGACACGGUUGAUCGCAUCUUGGCACACAGGGCUUCAUACUCACCCACAGAGAGCAUUUCUUUCUCCUUAGCAUCUGUGGGGCAAGUGGAAAUGCCAGGACCUUUCACAGUGACCUACCCUUAUGAUCCCAGUGACUCUGACAGUGUGCUCACCCUUCUGCAUUGGAAUCCUGAUCUACAGAAGUGGCAGCAAAGUGCUGACACAUGUAACAACAAGACAGAUAGCAUUGUUAUUGAUGAAGCCAGCCAAACAAUAACAGUCAAGGUAAUGUUCAGUUGUAGUUUGUAUGGUACUAUGCUAAUUAUGCUCCUUAUGACCACCAGAAGGUACCAAGCUAUCUUACAGGAGAUCUCACUUUCACGCGAAUCUUGA